UGCGUCGACGGAGAAGGAGGACCUGCGCCACAAACAGGCCAUGUGCAAUUUCCCUGUUUCGUCCUAAGAACGUCCUCUUGCUCAGCGCCAUCGCCACGGAGGAGCUACCUGGCUUGUGACAAAUGGUACCUGAGGAAGGCGAAGAGAAUGUCGGGCGUAGAGAUCAAGCAGGUGGCGCCUUCCGUAGGGCUGGGCGAGGGCCCCUACUGGUCGCAGGAGGACAAGGCGCUCCUCUUCGUGGACAUCGUCAACGGCGACGUCCACAGGCUGUUCCUGGAGACGGGGAGGCAUCAGGUUCUCCACGUCGAGGCAGACGAGUCGGGCGCCAGCGUGUCCCUGGUAAUCCCCGUGGAGGGCGACCGCGACCUGUUCCUGGUGGGUCUUGGCCGCUCCUUGGCCGUCGUCAGGUGGGCGGUCUCGGACCCGGACCGACACGCGGUGAAGGCCGAGGCCGUCCUGCACACCGUCGACCCCCAGAGCCCCACGAACCGCUUCAACGACGGCAAGUGCGACCCCCAAGGACGCCUCUGGGCAGGCACGAUGGGGUUCGAAUCGACACCCGGCGAACCUCGGCUUCACCAGGGGUCGCUCUUCCGCCUCGGCCACGACCUCCAGCUCUCCCACAUGGUCGACAAGAUCUCGAUAGCGAACGGCCUGGCUUGGAGUCACGACAAGAAGACUUUUUACUACAUUGAUUCCUGUACAUACUGCGUCGAGGCCUUUGAUUACGACGACAACACUGGCAGUAUUUCCAACCGGCGCCCGGUCCUCGGGUACAAGGCGGCGGGACUGCAGAAGGACAUCCCCGACGGCAUGUGCAUCGACGAGGCGGGAAACCUGUGGGUCGCCAACUUCUACGGGAAAAAGGUGAUCUGCGUCGACCCCCACGCCGGCAAGAUCCUCCGCACGGUGGAGCUCCCCGCCCAGCUGACCACGUCCGUGUGCUGGGGCGGCCCCGACUACAGCACCCUCUUCGUCACGUCCGCGAGGACCGGCCUGACGGAGGAACAGCUGGCUGCUGAGCCGGGCGAGGGAGGGACCUUCGCCAUCACGGGCCUGGGGGCGAGAGGCGUUCCCCCCACCAAGUUCAAGGCUGACAUGAGUCUGCUGAGGGCGAAACUCGCCAAAUAAAUGGGAUUGGUCUUGACUAGUGCACAAGGCGGAAUGUAAAUAGUGAAAAUAGGUCUAUUUUUGCUUCUGCCAGCCAACGCUUUAUUUGGAAUAAAUGGCAUGUUGCGGCAUCUUCGGAAUAUGUUUUAAGAAACUUGUAAACAGUUGUAAAAUAAAUGCUCUGUUGAGGUC